ACCAGCUCUGCCGCAGCGACUCAUCCUAUCGAUAAGGUUCACUUAGCCAAGGUGGAGGAUGGGAAAAGAAUGGAGCUGUCCCAGCUACUCAAUGAGAUCAGGGCAAACUAUGAAAAGCUCCUCACGAGAAAUCAGAUAGAGACCGUGCUCUCAACAAGGAUCCAGGUAAUGAUUUCAUACAGACAGGCACCUUCCAGGAUAAGGAGACAAUCCAUGUCUAUCCAAUUCCUGUCCCGGCCUCUCUGAGCUAGAAGAAGAUAUGAGCAAAAAAAUGGACAAAGACGAAGAGGCUCUAAAAGCAGCUCAAGCAGAACUCAAGGAAGCUCGACGCCAGUGGCACCACCUGCAAGUGGAAAUUGAAUCUCUCCAGGCGGUGGAAAGGGGCCUUGAAAACUCCCUACAUGCCAGCGAGCAGCAUUACCAGAUGCAGUUGCAAGACCUAGAAGCUGUGAUCGAAGGACUAGAAAAAGAGCUACAGGAAGUAAGGCGCGGCAUCGAAAAGCAGCUUCAAGAGCACGAGAUGCUUCUCAACACAAAGAUGAGGCUAGAACAAGAAAUCGCCACUUAUCGCCGCCUCCUAGAAAAGGAAGAAAUCAGAUAUUAUGGUUGUAUCCAAGGUGAGAAAAAAGAACAAAAACCUACGACAAGUAGAGUUGGUUUUGUUUUACCUUCAGCCAUUAUAAAUGAAAUAUCUUUCUCAACCAAACUCCCACAAAAGUAUGAGGACGAAAAAGUGGAAACAGUGACCAAACAAGCAAUACUGAAUGGAAAUGUUGUGAAGGAAAGCACAGAGGCUCGUGGCACAAUUCAGACAGAGAAAGUGGAUGAAGUUAUUAAGGAAUGGGAAGGCUCCUUCUUUAAAGACAACCCUCGAUUAAGGAAAAAAUCUGUUUCUCUUCGUUUUGACCUUCAUUUAGCAGCCACUGAUGAAGGGUGUUUACAGACUAAGCAGGAUAAUCUACCAGAUAUAGAAGUCAGGCUUAUCAUGAGAAGAUCAUGUAGUAUCCCCUCUAUCAAACCUCCAUCCGGAGCUAAUUAAUCCAAAGACAAUAUUUGACUUGAUUUGAAAAUGACAUUAGGGUGGACCAAGGGUAGGCCAUAGGGUAGGCCAUACUGAUCACCCUCUGUCCCAAUUAUUAAGUAUGUAUGUUAUGAUCAAUGUGCAAUUCUCUUCAGAAAACAAACAGUAAGGAACAAAAUUUCUCUGAAUCUAAUUAUGGAUGUAUUCUUUGAAGAGGGGGAGCUUAAAAAUAAAAUCAGAAAUUCAGUAUGGUUUCUAUUUUAUUUACUCCACACAGUCUUCUCUUUUUUCCUUGAAAUGUUAUCGGAGACUGUAAGUGUUAAGCUGGCUUAAAUCUUUGAAAUUUCACUCAACUGGCCAAAAAUUCUAGGGAAAAAGAACAGUUUGUUUAAGUAUGAUUGUAUCACAUUAAGAAUCCUACUAACUUAUGCAUCAUUAUUCCAUGACUGGUUAUAUCUAAAAAGAUUUUUCUACUUAGAAAGGAAAACAAUUAUAAACAAACUUUUAAAGAGGACUCACUAUUCACAUAGCUAAAAAAAACUUUUUUUGAGACAAUUAUUUGCACACUUAGAAAAAAAACAGUUACUUCCCAUGAGCAGUUCUGAGCAAACUAUAGAACACACCCCUCGCUAAUUUGAUGAUUAAAUAAAAUUAAGUUAAUCUUCAUACAAAAGCUUUUUGUAAUCAUUAUCUGAUUUCCAGAAGAGUAACUUUAUUCAAAGAACUUGAAGGUUGUGUCCUCCCCCACAAAAAAAUCAGAAGGCCAGCGGCACAAACAAAAGAUGAAAAUCUCGUUGCUAUGGUUACUAGAAUAGUUCUCCAAUCUCACCAUCCCAACUUUUCCAUCUGUCAAGCUCAAUGUGACUAAUUUGGAUAUUCAGUGUGAGCAUUAGAUAAGAUACUAUAAAAAGUAUUAUAAAUAUUUCUUGCAAUCAUUUAUGUGAACGAUGAUAACAGUAUUGUUAUCUAAGCUAUUUGCAGGAUUUAUGUUUUUAAAUUGUUCAAACUGUAAUAAAUAUGGACAGAAAAUAUAUUUGUGAAUAAGUCAAGUAUUGUUGCAAAGUUUUUUAAACAACCUAAUUUGUUUAAUACAGGCAUAUUUAUUUAUUUUAAGACCUUAAAUAAUAAUACCUGUUUUAAAACAUUAGAAAUUUAUAGGCUAUCACUUUUUUUCUAAGCAGAAAAAAUGUUGAGUACAACUCACCAUACUUUUUCCCAGCUAAAGUGUCAUAUAAGGGCUACAGCUCAUUUAGCAUUUUUAGUAUAGCCUCUGCAAUCUCCCUCUCUCUCUCUCUCUCUCUCUCUCUCUCUCUCUCUAUCAUUUCAAACAGAACAAAAUGUAUAUUUUAACCAGGAGAAAAUUGUGUUAAAUAAUCUUUAACAUAAUACAGGGAUAUAAAAUUUUAAAUUUUCUUUUUCAAUUACUUUAGAUUCCUUUUAGCCUGUCUUAUCCUAUUUAGCAGAAGGGAUGAUUUUGUUUUGUCAAGGAUACAACGGCACGUUAAAUGCUUAUUCUUGUGCAAGCAUCUGACAUAAAAUACAUCCUGUACAUAAGUGUUUUCAUUCAAUAUUAGUUACAUGCUAUGCUACAAACUUUAUCAAUGCUUUGGAAAAAUGCAAUCGUAUAAGCUAUUGUAUUAAAGUUACUGUACUAAGCAACAGUAAGCAUAAUAAAACAAUGUAUCCCGCGUAAUCUAUAUGCAGUGUUAAAAACAAUACUGGGCGUCAUGAAUGUAACUGCUUGUUAUAGUAAUUCCACUAUGCAGCUCUUGUGUGUAUAACAUGUACAUUUUAAAAUACAGUACUUGACUUUAUAAAAAAGUUUUAUUUGCUUUGGGGCAUUUUAAAUUGGGAUAUGAAUUUACCAGAGUAAAUGAUACCACUACAAUAAAAAAAAAAACCCUGAAACAUGAA